GUGGGCUUUUAUCACGACAGAAGCAGAGAUGGGAGCAACAGCAAGUCCAAAGGAAACUGGGUUAAAAAGCGUUAUGAACUGGCUUUGUACUUCAUGGCAUUUUCUCACGAAAAACCUCCAACUGAACGGAGCAGAGGUGCUCUGAGGCACGAUGAAGUAGCAGCAGGCGGCUGCCAGCAGCACCGUACAGCAGCUGGGUGAGGAUGGAUGCUCGCAGGGACCCCACGGGCACCCCUGACAGGUUUCCUGCCUUGGGGUCCCCCAUGCUCCCUCUUGUCUUUGCACUGAUAUCUGUGUGUGUAAACACUCCUGCUGUGGUUGCCAAGGGAUCAGAUAACAGACAUGAAGAAACAAAGAGCCUGCAAGGAAUCCCAAAUGCAACUGUCCUGACGGGAAAAAUAUUCUAUUAUCCAGUGCCAGUAUUUGCCUUUCAGGGAAAGAUAACUCAGUACAAGGUGACUUUAGCCAGUGGUGCAGAUUUGCCAAAAUGGUUGGACUUCAACCCCAAUACACACACUCUGCAAGGACUGCCAAUGGCAGGGGAGAGCGGAGUGUACCUGCUGUGCAUUGCUGCCUCUGGAAGGACACGUGCCCAGAAAACACCAGGAGUGGCUGGAAAUUUCACCAUCCACGUUCAGGAUGGCAUCUUAUUCCUGGACACGGAGGCGAGCUUGAACCACAUGCUGAACAGCUACCAGUGUGGGAAGGAAGUUGCCAUCACUUAUGCUGAAAUAAUUCUCUCUACUGAAGCAGAAACCCUGGAGGUACAGACACGCCUCUACAUUGUGUGCACGAUGGCCGAAUAUCUCCACCUGGAUUCCUCCCUACUAACCCUGCUGCAAUACGCAGAUCUGGCACACACAGGCUUGCAGAGCCUGACCGUACUGGCUGAAGACACCACACACAUCGACUUCAGAGUGAACCAUUAUGUAGGACUCUCCUGGCCUGUGAAGUGUGGAGAGUUUGCCAUGCUCCGCGAAUUCAUCCAGGUCCUGCGACACAAUGUUGACUCACAUCACCUCUCACAGCUGCUAGGGUAUGAAAUUGCAGGCUGGAGAAUACUUAGGAGAGGCCAUUAUGAAAGAAGUUCUCCAAGACGACAACGUAGGCGAUUAAUGAUCACGCCAACACCUACAUUAAAACCAGUUAGAAUUACCCAUAGACCAGCUGCAGGAGAUGCUUCCAGGCCUUUGUCCUCUACUGUCCCAAGCCACUUACACACACAACUUGCAGUAUCACCUACUCAGAGUCUAUCAUCUUUCUGUGAAGAAAGCAUAGUGAUUGCAAGUUACAAGAUGCACAGUAAUAUCCAUCGUAUUAGUCAAGAAAUUUUGGUCACCUUAGACACGGACUCAGCAUGGGACACACCAGCUAACCCACCAGUAUCUAUUCUGUUCGCAGACUCUGAUUUUCCAGAUCUUUCGCCUUCACUGAGGACUGAAACAACACUUCUCUUCACUGAGCUGGAAGUGCUGCCUACCAGAACUUCUGGCAUGUCAUGGCUGUUCGAGCAGCCGGAGCGUCCUGUGCCUGAGACAGGUUCAGAUUUCCUUUCCAGUAAAUCAGAAGUAUCCACAUACCAUUUCCUACAGGACAUCACUUUAGACACAGACCAGCUUUUCAGGCCCACGUACACUUGGGUAAUAAACACCCUUCAUGAAUGGCCUCACAGCUCAGCAGAGGCAUUUCCUUCUAAAGCAGAAUUUCAUGUAAUUUUGCCAGAAGCAAUGUCAGCAUCAGAAGUGCCAGAUCACAGCAACGAGACAAAAAGCCAGUUUCCAGAACUUGAAAUGCUUUCUAGUGCAUCCCUCUCUCCAGAACCACUCCUUUCACCAUUCCCAAAAGCUUCAGUAAGAGAUACAAUUUUGUCUGACUUCAUGUUUCCCAUUGAUGACACAUUUCCACCUGUGCUAGCAAGAAGCAGUCUGAGCCAGGUGUUUGCUAAUGACUAUGAACAGUUAUCUAAAGCUUUUAUGACUAUCCCACAGACUGACAGGUUUCCAUUUGCUGAAGGGAAAAGCAGAGCUUCUUCUGUAACACAGAAAGAUGCACAGACCCUCGAUCCCAAAUUGAAUUUCAGUCCUGAAGCCUCAGCCUGCUUUUCUAGCAUGUUAUUCAGCACUCUCCCUAGUAAAGCUGAAGCAUCUUAUGAACCAAGUCAGAUCAUUCUGUCCCAUCCUGAUACUGCUCCAGUUCUUACUCUGCCAGUAGACUUUUCUAUCUUUGACCUGUCUGAGCUAUCCAGACCAACACAUACACUUCAUUCUUCUUACGGCAGCAGCGUGCUCAGAGCAGAGAUGCAUUCUGCAAGUAUUUUAUCCAGCGGCACAAAGGAAUUGCAUUCAGGUGGAGAUCUGGGAACAAGGAUUUUGCCAAACAUCACUGAGCCUACUCCAGAGUCACAAAAACUCUCAGACAUCAAGUCGGAUGCUGUAGAAGUACCUCUGGUGACUUUAUUUAAUGCCACUUCUCAUCUGUCCAGCAGUAUACCGGAGGUGGUUCAGACACGACAGCCACUGCACCAGGAUCCAAGCACCUUGCUGUUUCCCACAUCUGAAAGACUACAGUCCCUGGAAAGUGCAUGGAUUCUUCCUCCAUCUUCUGUUUCACAAGAGCUUCACAAUAUAACCCCAGGGCAAGCAAACACUUCCCCAAAGGCUGUCCAUUCCAUUAAAUUCCUAACAGCAACUAUUGGAUGCCUCUUCUUUUUUACUAUACCUGCUGACACGUUUUACGAUGAGGAAGAUGGCAACUCUACUCAGUUAUCUCUACAAAUCAUUCCAGCUGAUGGCUCUCCGUCAGGAUCACAAAGCUGGCUGCAAUUUAACACCUCUCAGCAAAUCAUGCAUGGCUAUCCUCUCGAUAUUGAUUUCCAGUAUUCGCCUCAGGAGUUUGUGCUGUCUGUCACAGAUUCAGGAGGACUGACCACCUGGGAACCCUUCACCAUUGAGCUUCUGAAGCCCACCAAUGUGCCGUGCCACCUUUACACUGUCAGAACAAAAAACAGCUACUACUCUUUCCUGAGAGACAGGAAAAGGGUUAGUUUGUUUCUAGAGAAGCUCUCCCGCUAUUUGAACUCCAGCAGUCCCAAAGACAUCAUGGUGACAGCUCUCAAACCUGGCUCCACAGUAAUCUCAUGGUAUAACAGUUUGCUGUGUACAAGUGCCAACAAAUCUUCCAGCUGGUGCGCAAAAGAUAAAAUUCAGCAAGCACUAGAGAAAUUAAGAUUGCCAGGUGGGUAUGUCAGUCCACACUUUAUCCAAGCAAUGCUGCCAGAAUACAAAAUUGAUGUAAUUUUCAACAUUUCAUAUAGUGAAGUCUGCUUUCCCACUACAAAGCCAUUCAAUGAGUCUUUCAACAGUACCGUGCCAAUGCUUCAAGACACAAAUGACUCCACAAUUAGGAAAACCCCAUCUGCCUUACUCAGCAGCCUGUGUGCCGCUCCUGGGGUGGUGCUGGUAAUACUGGUUUAUUGGUUUUGCAAGUAUCACAGGAAGAUUCCUGGAUCACAGUCUGUGAUGUUUCAGAGAAACUCCUGGUUAAGCCAUGCUGAUGUGCAACUGGAUGUCCUGAAACCACGCAAAGCAGCUGUACAUGAGUGCCGGACUUCGCCUUCACCUCAGCUAUGGAUACCACCUUCGGCAUCACUCCCCUCCCAAGAACGGUACUCUAGGUCAGUAAGAUUGCCUCACAUCAACUCAUCUUUCCAGCUGCCAAAAUACCAACUUCCUCCCCCUUAUCAAGAGAGUAUGACUACCCAGAAUGACCAGGGCAAUAUCCACAGACUUAAGCUAUUAUCUUUUAAAUGAUAUUAAGAGCAAAUCUACAAGAAAACAAUCUGUACUAGAAUGUACUAUCCUUAUUACUCAGGGAAAUAAAAAAAGUCAUAAGCAGUCAGUCAUUUCAUCAUUUUUCAAUUUAAAAUAGAACACAAGUCACUAAACCUAUUCCUGAAGAUGAGGCAGUAGCAAACUCAGAACCCUGAAAAUAGGUACUAGAACAAAAUGUCAAGCAAAGCAGGUAAAGGAAUCUAUAGAUGAAGGGGAUAUAGUGCAAUAUGCCUGCACAAGUCAGAACAAGACAAUGUUUACCAGACUGACACUGGUGGGAAUAACGGGUCACAGCCAUUACUGAGUAAAAUUAACUCUAUUAUGACUCCCUGAUGCAUAAAUACACAUUUUACAUAGAAGAGGGAGAACUGUCAGAAGGACCAUCUCAAAACAUGAUGCUGUCAUUGAAAAUGCUACAAAACCCUUGAGUCUCUAUGUUAUCUCGGAAUUUAAGUAUUUUCAAAAAGGGCAUCCAGUAAUUGUUCCUGUCUCAUGGGUGACACUGUCCUCAAUCUUUCAAAACCGUUUUCCAUGUUUCUAUUAAAUACAUUAUAUGUAGCAUUUAUAAAGGCAACAGUAGCUAUCUAACAUGAAACUCCUCCUGUUCGUUAAUUAUGUAUGUUGGUUAAUUAUGCUUUUGAAACAAACAAACAGACAACACAUUUUUGACACUACACACUUGCUUUCUUAAAGUAAAACUGGCUGUUCUACCUGCUUCCACUGACGACAGUUAAAGAACUAUAGGGAAGAAUAUGGGGAAAAGAAUUUCUAAAGGCUUUUCAAAUAUUUAAAAAUCUUUUCAGUUCAAUACAUUGAUAGAAAAUUUAAGCCAUAAUUUAAUUAUGGAUUAAGCAACUUAAUCCAUAACUUCCAAUUUUAACCUGCAAGCUGUUUUAGAACUAAGAAAAUCUUCCUUGAAUUUGAAAGCACAGUGUGAAGUAGGACCAAAGUACCACCAGCACUAUCACAUAGAAAGGAACAGAGCUACACACAUGCCCUUUCCAGAACUGUCACAGGACUUUCUUGGAGAAGGCAGGUAGACAGCCAAAGAACUGACAUGACAACUCUGGAGACACAGUUUCAACAGUCUUUCUAGGAACAAGAAAUCACCAGGUGACUAUCCUGGCAUGGAGGGUUCUUGCGGACAGGGUACAUAGUGGCCACCUAUUGCUCUGAUGAAUUUCUGAUUGAGCAAGUAGGUAUAGAAACCAAGCCAUACACAGGGCAGCCCAACCACCACAUACACUGCUCUAGCACAGUAAGUAGGCACUGGAAAGUUGCAAGUCACCCAAAGAACAGCUCUUGCAGGCUAAAGAACACAGGCACAAAUGCUCACUCUUACCAUAAGGAGACCAGGAUGAACUGGGUCCAGUUUGGGUGCAGGCUGUUGAGUUCAGCCCAGGGAUAGGUCUGGGAACGGUCCACAACCAGGAGAUGAGAACAGAUCUCCAGUGGUCCGCUCUGUAGUGCGGAUUAAUGUUUGCAACAACCAGAUGCCAGCAUGAUCUACCAAGUAGGUCCCUGCAGCCUGUGCUGGCUUGCUUUCUCUCCAAAGCUGAGACUGACACCUCCCAGCAAUCCCAACAACAGCACAGCUCAGCCAGUAGUCACAGCAUAGAAAGAAAACUGGAACCGCUCACGAGCCACAAGUCUACAAAGAGCUACAGGAUCAAAGUAUUUGAACGGAUUGAAUUAUAUUUGCAUGAACAUUGUACAUGCACAAUCCACCUCUAGUUUCAACGUAUUUGUGGGAGCAGAGAGCAACAGGCACUAGCUGUGCAUGUGAAAAUGUUUCUAACAUGUUGUAUUCUUUUUUGGGGACAGCAGUAGUCUUGUGAAUGACAGUAAUGACCAGGAUUUACUCUUCUUAAGCGAACUGGUAGCACCUGUCUGGGUUUACAUUGUUGAGUAACUUUUUGGAUAAGCACAAAUUCCUCUAGAUGACUACUUCAAUGCUUUCCAGAAGCCAUCCAGCUCUAAAGUUUGAUGUAAAGGUCAACAAAGCAGAAGAAAUUCACUGCAGUCAAUCAUCUAGACUUAAGAGCGGCAAAAUCUAAAUCUAAAGGAUUGCUGCAGGAAACAUCAGCCCUUGUAGCAUCUCAUGUCUCAGUAAGACUAUUCAAAUACUUAGAAUACAGGCCAACAGUCAAUCACCUUGGAGAAUCAGGCCCCAUUCAUUUAAUCACUUACCUGGCAGAUGUUCCAGAAGUGGAAAAUGUAGUCAGUAAACAAGCUAAACAAAUACAUAUUUUAAUAGCAGGUGCAGAAUUUUUCUUUUCCUCUAGUAAGGUAUUUAAUCCCUGUGCAUAUUUAAGGAUUGCAGUUAAAUAUUAAUGGCGUAUCAGAAGGUGCAACACAGGCAAUUCCCAAGGCACAGGUUAAGCUUUUCAGUUCUACUUCUCUAGAUUAGCAACAAAUUUCAGAAAACUGACAUUUACAGGUUUCCUAGUUUACAGACUUUAAAACUCCUUUAGUAAACAAAAUAGCCAGACUGAUAUACAGUACAAUCUCAUUAAAAAAACCCACACAAAAAAACCCCAAACCAAAACUACGAAACAAAAAAAACCA